AAUCUGAUUUACGUCGUUAUCCAGCUUUGUCGAAAUGGUUCAUUAUCCCGCGACUUAUUCACCCCAAAUAAAAUACGAGUAAUUAAUUGAAGCCCUGAACGGCUAGGCUAAACCCCCAAAACCCCUCUUCCUAGUUCAUGCUGCUAACUAGUAAGGGAGUUGGAAAAUCAGAAAUGGGAAGCUUAACUGCCACUAAUCCUGUUAGCUCACCUCUUCAUGCCAAUGGCUUAUCUUCCAGGAUUAAAUGCCCAACUUUUUUUAAUCAGAAAAGAAGAGAUGAAGGUUCGAAAAGAAGGCCUGGAGUUGUUGCUUACUAUGGGCUGAAAAAGCCUCCCUAUAACCUUGAUGCAUUAGAACCAUAUAUGAGCCAGAAAACUCUGGAGUCACAUUGGGGAGUGCAACAUAGAAAUUACUUGGAAGCUUUGAAUAGACAUUUAAGUAGAAGCGACACACUAUAUGGCCAUACUAUGGAUGAACUUGUGAAAGUAACCUACAAUUAUGGAAAUCCCUUGCCUGAAUUCAAUGAUGCUGCUCAGGUCUGGAAUCAUGACUUUUUCUGGGAAUCCAUGCAACCUGGAGGCGGGGAGUCUCCAACACUGGGUCUUCUUCAGCAGAUAGAAAAAGAUUUUGGUUCUUUCCCAAACUUUAAAGAGAAAUUUAUAGAGGCAGCCAUGACGCUCUUUGGUUCUGGCUGGGUUUGGCUUGUUUCCGGUUGUAGUUUUUGCCGUGAUUUAAUGCUCGUAUGUCUACCCGUCUUCGGUUUUGUAGUGAAGAGGAAGGAGAAGCAACUUGCAGUUGUUAAGACAUCCAAUGCAGUCACUCCUAUUCUCUGGGAUGAUAUCCCCAUCAUAUGCUUGGAUUUGUGGGAGCAUGCAUACUACUUGGAUUAUAAGAAUGAUAGAGCGGAAUAUGUAAAUGUUUUCAUGAACCACCUUGUAUCAUGGCAUGCAGCAACAGCACGCCUUGCUCGGGCACAGGCUUUUGUGAAUCUUGGAGAACCUAAAAUUCCAGUUGCUUAAAAUUUCAUUGCUUCAAAUAAUCUCUCUCCCUGUGGUUGGUUUUGAAAGCAUAUGAUGCUUGUUUGUUUGCUUGUUCU